AUGUGGUGGGGUCGGCAAGGGUCCGGUUCGAGGAUUGUUUGUUUUGAUAGGAAUAGUGCCGGUGUAUCUGGGGGAGCCGUCUUCUCUAAAGACACCAUCUCGUUCACCCGAACCUCCUUCGAGCAAAACCAGGUCAUUGGCACCUCCACUGCUAGCGGCUUCUCCUCUGGUCUCGGUGGCGCUUCGUACGCCAUUAUCACGGGAGCAAACAACCUGACAUCUGUGCUCUUCUGCUCGUCGUCCUUUACGUCCAACGCGGCCAAGAAUCCCCAAGGGAGCUCGCUGUAUCUGCAGACGGCCUGGGGUGUAUCGCAAUGGGAUGGGAAGGUGGCGUUUUGCGGCGGGAGCAUGUCCAAGAGCAGUGGGAUUAGCGAGAGCAGUGGGAUUAGCGAGAGCAGUGGGAUUAGCGAGAGCAGUGGGAUUAGUGAGAGCAGUGGGAUUAGUGAGAGCAGUGGGAUUAGUGAGAGCAGUGGGAUUAGUGAGAGCAGUGGGGGUAGUGGGAAUAGUGGGAGCAGUGGGAGCAGCGAGAGAAGUGGGAGCAGUGGGAACGAUGGGAGCAGCAAGAACAGUGGGAGCAGGCCAGCUGGGAUGGUGGUGUCCACCAAUGGGGACGGUUGGGAGCAAUGCCCAGCCAGGUGA